UUUCCUGUUGAGUUUCCCUGUUUGAGGGACAGGAACUCCCUGCUCGACUUCUCUCCCCCGCCCAUGAUAAUAACACCGACCGAGGAAAGAUUUCUUUAGCCGACGACGGAAAGAAAAAAAUAAAAUAAACCGGGACUCCCGGGGCCGCGGCUAGGAUCGGCAUCCCGGCUACAUGGGGCUGUAGUCUGUUCUAUAAACGCACAACUUUUCCCUGCGAACCAACAACUCCGGCAGCAUGACGUCCGCGGUGACUUUGGAGGACGCCCUGUCCAACGUGGACCUGCUGGAGGAGCUGCCGCUCCCGGAUCAGCAGCCAUGCAUCGAGCCCCUCCCCUCCUCGGUCAUGUACCAGCCCAACUUCAACACCAACUUCGAGGACAGAAAUGCCUUCGUCACCGGCAUCGCCAGAUACAUCGAGCAGGCCACCGUCCACUCUAGCAUGAAUGACAUGUUGGAGGAGGGGCAGGAGUAUGCCGUCAUGCUCUACACCUGGAGGAGCUGCUCACGUGCGAUACCACAGGUGAAAUGCAACGAGCAGCCAAACCGAGUGGAGAUCUACGAGAAGACGGUGGAGGUCCUGGAGCCAGAAGUCACAAAGCUGAUGAAUUUCAUGUACUUCCAGCGCACUGCAAUCGACCGUUUCUGCGGGGAGGUCCGUCGCCUGUGUCACACCGAGCGCAGGAAAGACUUUGUCUCUGAGGCGUACCUGCUGACCCUGGGGAAGUUCAUCAACAUGUUCGCUGUGCUGGACGAACUGAAGAACAUGAAGUGCAGCGUCAAGAACGACCACUCCGCUUACAAACGAGCCGCUCAGUUUCUCAGGAAGAUGUCAGAACCUUCCUCCAUUCAGGAGUCUCAGAACCUGUCCAUGUUCCUGGCAAACCACAACAAGAUCACACAGUCUUUGCAGCAGCAGUUGGAAGUGAUUAACGGAUAUGAAGAGCUGCUGGCCGACAUCGUCAACCUGUGCGUCGAUUACUAUGAGAACAAGUUGUACCUCACUCCCAGUGAGAAACACAUGCUGCUCAAAGUAAUGGGCUUUGGCUUGUACCUCAUGGAUGGAAACAGCAGCAACAUCUACAAGCUAGACGCCAAGAAGAGAAUUAACCUCACCAAGAUUGACAAGUUUUUCAAGCAACUCCAGGUGGUCCCUCUGUUCGGUGACAUGCAGAUUGAGUUGUCUCGGUACAUCAAGACCAGCGCUCACUUUGAAGAGAACAAGUCCAGGUGGACCUGCACGUCCAUAUCCAGCAGCCCCCAGUACAACAUCUGUGAGCAGAUGAUUCAGAUCCGCGAGGAUCACAUGCGCUUCAUCUCCGAACUGGCUCGCUAUAGCAACAGCGAGGUGGUGACUGGAUCAGGGCGCCAAGAAUCCCAAAAGACCGACACCGAGUACAGGAAGCUGUUUGACUUGGCCCUGCAGGGCAUGCAGCUGCUCUCCCAGUGGAGCGCUCACGUUAUGGAAGUGUACUCCUGGAAACUGGUUCAUCCUACUGACAAAUACUCCAACAAGGAGUGUCCCGACAACGCCGAGGAGUACGAGAGAGCCACCAGAUACAACUACACAAGCGAGGAGAAGUUUGCCCUGGUGGAGGUGAUGGCUAUGAUAAAGGGGCUGCAGGUGCUGAUGGGACGCAUGGAGAGCGUGUUCAACCACGCCAUCCGUCACACCAUCUACUCGGCCCUGCAGGACUUCGCUCAAAUCACCUUGCGCGACCCGUUGCGACAGGCUAUCAAGAAGAAGAAAAAUGUCAUCCAGAGCGUCCUCCAGGCCAUCCGGAAGACGGUCUGCGACUGGGAGACCGGGAGGGAGCCUCACAACGACCCCGCCCUCCGUGGAGAAAAGGAUCCAAAGGGCGGUUUCGACAUCAAGGUUCCUCGCCGCGCCGUGGGCCCCUCCAGCACACAGCUCUACAUGGUGAGGACCAUGCUGGAGUCUCUCAUUGCUGACAAAAGUGGCUCAAAGAAGACUAUGCGCAGCAGUCUGGAGGGCCCCACCAUCUUGGACAUUGAGAAGUUUCACCGCGAGUCCUUCUUUUACACACAUCUGCUGAAUUUUAGCGAGACCUUGCAGCAGUGUUGUGACCUGUCCCAGCUCUGGUUCAGAGAGUUCUUCUUGGAGCUCACUAUGGGUCGCAGGAUCCAGUUCCCCAUCGAAAUGUCCAUGCCAUGGAUCCUCACAGACCACAUCCUGGAGACCAAGGAAGCUUCAAUGAUGGAGUAUGUGCUCUAUCCCCUGGAUUUGUACAACGACAGUGCACACUACGCCCUGACCAAAUUCAAGAAGCAGUUCCUCUACGACGAAAUAGAGGCUGAGGUGAACUUGUGCUUCGAUCAGUUCGUCUACAAACUGGCUGAUCAGAUAUUUGGCUACUACAAGAUUCUAGCUGGAAGUCUUCUGCUUGACAAGCGUUUGCGAACUGACUGCAAGAACCAAGGGGCCAACAUUCCCUGGCCGUCCUCCAACCGCUACGAGACGCUGCUGAAGCAACGCCACGUCCAGCUCCUAGGCCGCUCCAUUGACCUGAACAGACUGAUCACUCAGAGGAUUUCAGCUGCCCUGUACAAAUCUCUAGAGCUGGCCAUCAAUCGCUUUGAGAGUGAGGACCUCACCUCCAUUGUGGAACUGGAAGGUCUUCUGGAUAUCAACCGCAUGACGCACAAGCUCCUGAGUAAGUUUUUGACUCUGGACAGCUUGGACGCCAUGUUCCGCGAGGCUAACCACAAUGUGUCGGCUCCCUACGGCCGCAUAACGCUGCACGUCUUCUGGGAGCUCAACUAUGACUUCCUGCCCAACUAUUGCUACAACGGUUCGACCAACAGGUUUGUGCGCACCAUCCUGCCCUUCUCUCAGGAGUUCCAGAGGGAUAAGCCACCCAACGCUCAGCCCCAGUAUCUCUACGGGUCCAAGACCCUAAACCUUGCGUACAGCAGCAUAUUUAGCACCUACAGGAACUUUGUGGGCCCCCCGCACAUUAAGGUCAUGUGCAGACUGCUGGGCUACCAGGGCAUCGCUGUCGUGAUGGAGGAGCUGCUGAAGGUCGUCAAGAGCCUGCUCCAGGGCACCAUCAUGCAGUAUGUGAAGACCCUGAUGGAGGUGAUGCCCAAGAUUUGCAGACUUCCACGUCAUGAGUAUGGCUCCCCUGGGAUCCUGGAGUUCUUUCACCACCAGCUGAAGGACAUCGUUGAGUACGCUGAGCUGAAGACGGUGUGUUUCCAGAACCUGAGGGAAGUGGGCAACGCCCUUCUGUUCUGCCUGCUGAGCGAGCAAAGUCUGUCGCAGGAAGAGGUUUGUGAUUUGCUGCAUGCUGCACCCUUCCAGAACAUUCUGCCCAGAGUCCACGUCAAAGAGGGGGAACGCCUGGAUGCCAAGAUGAAGCGCUUGGAAGCCAAAUACACAGCGCUGCAUAUGGUUCCACUGAUCGAGCGCCUUGGCACUCCACAGCAAAUAGCCAUAGCCCGUGAGGGCGACCUUCUGACCAAAGAGAGGCUGUGCUGCGGCUUGUCCAUGUUCGAGGUCAUCCUCACGCGCGUGCGAGGCUUCUUGGACGACCCCAUCUGGCGCGGGCCGCUGCCCAGCAACGGCGUGAUGCACGUGGACGAGUGCCUGGAGUUCCACCGCCUCUGGAGCGCCAUGCAGUUUGUGUACUGCAUCCCCGUGGGAGCCCACGAGUUCACAGUGGAGCAGUGCUUCGGAGAUGGCCUCCACUGGGCGGGCUGCAUGAUCAUCGCCCUCCUGGGGCAGCAGAGGCGCUUCGACAUCCUCGACUUCAGCUACCACCUGCUCAAGGUGCAGAAGCACGACGGCAAGGAUGAGAUCAUCAAGAACGUGCCUCUGAAGAAGAUGGUGGACAGGAUCCGCAAAUUCCAAGUCCUCAACGACGAGAUCUUCGCCAUCCUGAACAAGUACAUGAAGUCGGGAGACGGCGAGAACAUGCCGGUGGAGCACGUGCGGUGCUUCCAGCCGCCCAUACACCAGUCACUGGCCAGCAGCUGAGGGGCUGUGGACCAGCGUCAAGUUCCAAACACUGUCAGCAUUACCAGACUAUCCACAAAUAUUACCCGUUGUUUCCUUUAGGGCUUCACUAGGAUGGUCUUCAUUUAAUGGACCAUUAAAUGUUAUGAGUUGGGCCACAUUUUUGUCACAAUGUUAUUAUUAUUAUUUUUUUUUUGUAUUCACUUGUGCCUUAUUGGAGAAGAAUAGAUACUUCCCCCUUUUUGGAUUGACUAUUCUGUGUUUUAUACUUGCAGAGAGCUUUAGAUCAGGGAGAGGAAAUGAGUUUUAUCAGAUAAGUAUUUAAGGGUUUGCAGUGGUGGGAUGUUAAGGGUGAACAGUAGCGUAUUUUAAGCGAGGGUGAAAGUAAAUUUGUAUUUUCUACACUGUCGGACGUGCAUGCUAAACAUUUUAAAGGAAAUUAACAAAGGUUAUACUCAUGUUAAUCAUUUAUUCACUGUGCCUUGUUUCGAAUGUUUUAAUCAUUUUAAUUCAAUAAAUAUGUAACAAAUC